AUGUACGAGCUGUUCCUGACGGCGUUCGUCAACGACGUCGACUUCGACAAUGCGAGGUCCAUUCUGAGCUCGUACUGCUGGAGCGACCCAAACCCCCGCGUCUACCGCGUCUUCCACUUCACUGGCCCGGCCCAGCCAAAACCCCUGGCCAAGAGGAACGGCAUCAACGGCAUCCGCCCGGCGCCGGACCCCUUCAUGUUCGGCCUGCCGGGCGCGGAGCCGCUCCAGCCCCAGGUGGGCCCCUACGUCGACCCGGCCUGGAGGGAGCUCAGCGAUAUUGUGAAGAAGCAGUCGUACAUCGUCACCGCCCGCUACCAGGUCUCCAAGGCCACCGACUUCGGCGGGCAGCAGCACAAGCAGCUGGCGUCCACGCCGGGCGCGCUCUUCUGGUCCGAGAUCCCAGACCCAGUUAGUGUCGCCGGGGGCCAGUCGCUCGUGAUGCAGCGCAAGAAGAUCGAGAUCUGGGGCCAGCUCAACCUGCCCGCGGUCCUGAACGACAACGAGUUCCGCUACAAGGCCCAGAUAGUCGAGGAGACGCACGACGUGUACCACCGGGACGACCCCCUGCUCGAGUUCAACCUGGUGCGUCACUACACGCCGCCCGCCUCGUUCCAGGGCCCGCCCUCCGGCCCUUUACCGGCCUUCGACAGCCUCGAGAAGGUCGACUCGGCAGGGAAGUGGACCCUCUGGGCCAGGUACCACGUGCACGACGACGGCGCCCCGGAGAAGAUCAAGGCUGCUCGCGACGCCUUGCUCAAGGCUCGGGACGAGCUCGCCCCGUGCGGGUUCGACUUCAAGGUGCUCGAUCGGAAGGUCUUCGACACCCAGCUUAUGUUACAGCGUAAGACGCCCGCGACGCAGACGCUGGGUCUUAAGCAGAGCUUGGGUCCUGGUCACCGGUAG